AUGUCGCAGCAUUCUCGACGUGCAGGUUCAUUGUCUAGAGAUGCGUCUCAAACAGAGGACCGCGCGAUUGACAAUGACCGUGGGCUAGCUGGCAAUCGAAAUCCUGCCCGCCGGCCGCCUCAACGGCCUCGACCUCAGUCAUGGCAUCCAUAUGGCCCCGUGGAGCCACCGCUGGAAUCGAUGUCAUCUCGGCCCAUUGGUGUUCAUUCCAUCUUGAAUCACCCACAGACAACGGGUGAACUUGGCGUACUCAGCGGCCGUGAGCCAUUGAGUCUACCGGGUCCAUCAUCCUCACCGCGGCCCCAAGGUUCUUCACCCAUAAUCCGCUCAGGCUAUCCAUUGGUGUCACAGCCGUUGUCUCCAAGGUCCCAUUCUCGCCCUUCGAUGAAUCCAGCAUCUCCCUCGGCACGGUUUGUUGGUGGGGGCGGCAGGACUUCUGGUCAGUCAAGUGUCGCACAGUCGCCACUAGUUCCUCAGGAACCUUUGAUGGGCCCACGUCUACCCGCCACAAGUUCGCCUCUGCCCCUGGAGACCGGCUUACGCCCAAUCACAUCUCUGACCGGAACUCAGCCUUCCUCGCUGACUUCGCUGCAUUCUACGCCUAGCCUUCAUUCGCGGCGCACCAGCGCUGGCCCAGGGCCGCUCACCAAUCCCAGCUCUCAAGAAACGAGUCCUCGCACGCCUCAUUCGACUUUCAGUCCAUAUGGUGUCUCUCCGGCAGUGACUAAUGUUUCACUAUCACAAACCGCCACAUCAUAUCCUACUGCCCCUCCAUACAUAACAAUGGAUCCUCUAAGCCGAAGCAUUCCUGCAACGAAGGCCCCAAGAGGCCAAUCUGAACAAGCCACCAUGCGAGCUGGAACACCUCAAGGCACUCCCCUUCCACUGGGGAUGAUACCAUGCGUACUAGACAUGCGGUCAGGCUCCUCUAGCCAAGCGGAGAAGCGCAAAGCCAACAGCGACGCAUCACGACGGUUCCGCAAUCGCAAGCGCAAUGAAAUGCAACUUGAGCAGCGACUCACUGCCCAACAGGAUGAGAUUCAGCGCAGUCUAGAGACCGUUCGCCGCCAGAGUGAAGAGCUUCGCUCCCUCGUCCAGCAAAGAGACCAUUACCGUUCCGAGCGAGAUUUCUACCGCGAUCAUCUCGGCCGCACAAUGUCUCUGAGCGCCCUAGCCCCACGACCGUCUUCUCCACGCCCCGUUCAGUCAGCCCUUCUCCCCACAUCUGAGACAACGACCACCUCGGCGACGUGGUCGGGCGCCGAUGCUGCCCGAUCCGCUUCAGGCACACAACCGACCGCAGCGGGCCCUACUCAGGGAAGGAUGCUCGAUUCAGUACAAUCUCAACCCGGUUGGCCGGCAAGCCCUCCAUAUUCCUCAACCCCCAUCGCAUCCACCGGGCGAACGGUUGCUGGUCCACCUACUGAAUCGUCGUCACUAUCUGGGGGCCCAUUGCCUCCACUCCAAGGAUCUUGGUCACAUUCUUGA